AGGUAGACGCCCCUGCCUGAAUUGUGACUGGCUUACGACACUCAGUGAAGGGAAGGUGCUUCUGCAUGCGCUGGCAGUAGUCGGCUGCAGGAGAUCGAAUGCUGCUUUCAACACGUCGCCUCUGGGCUCGCAGGCUUACCACCCAGCUGCAGCAGAACCGGCAAACACAAACAGAAAAAAACAACAACACCACAGCGCAGCAACUUCCAACAGGAAUGAGGCUUCAAAAUGAAAAGCAAAAAGAUGAAACCUUUGGAAUAAAUCUCCACUCUUUCCUUAUUCAUUAGUGUAAAUUCAUUUAGUUGAAUUUUUCAAAGCCAGUGACUGAUGAAUAACGUUCUCUCCAUGGAUUAAAAAAAAAAAUUAAAAGAAAAAAACAUUCUGGACAGCAGACACUUCAAGUGAUGGUCAGUAAUUUAGGGCUGAGAUCUGGCGGAGUGGUCAGAAAGAGAGAGUUCUGAGGGUUUUUUCUCCCCUCUUUUCUGCGCUCUCUCCCUCCCUCUCUCUCUGCUCUCUCUCCCUCCCUUCUCUCCCUCUCCCUCUCUCUCUCUCUCUCUCCCUCUCUCUUUCUCCGAUCGCCACGGCAGCAGUGACUGCGGAGGAGAGGAGCUGAGGAGAGAAGAGAGGACAGCGUUCAUGCAUGCAGUGUGGGGGGGAAGACUCGCACUCCCGACCACUCCACGGAGGGGGAAAAAAAGACACCGGGAUUUGUCAGCUCUCCGGGUCUUUCAGACGAGGAUAACUACGGACGCUGUAAGUUUGCCAGAAUCUGCCAUCCACCAGAUUCACGGGAGACAGAAUUUCUUUUUCGCAACGGGGUAUUUUUUUCCCCAUUUUUUUUCUUUCUCUCUUCUUCUUCUUCCUCUUCCUCUUUUUUUUUUUAAGACUGGCACGUAAUUAGCGUCAGCACAAAGGGAGACGCUGAAUAGAGGUUGUCUGCCUCUGGAAAGGGGUGAGUGAGAAUCCUUUCAUAUGAGAUCAGUUCACGAAAAGCGCUAUUCUCCCCCCCUUUCCCUCCCCUCUGCUCCUGCUCUCUGUUAUCUAAAAUGAAAAAAAGAGUCUUGGCUUUUAUCCUCCUUAGUUCUUUUCUUUUUGUUGUGGCACGAUUCCUCUUUAAAAUAAAUAAAGGCUCAGAAGAAUAACUACAAAAAAAAAAAGCAAGAUUCCAGCCAGGGAUUCCAGGGAAUUUAUCUGGGGGAAAAAAAAUAAAAAAUAAAAAAAAACCACAAAAUGAUGUAGUAUCUGAAUGAUUCAAUGGACUUUUGCCCCACUACAUGCAGGAAUAUUCAUGCUAAUGGAUUUCCUUCUUGUGGGUCUGUACCUGACGUGGCAGUUGGGGAAGCCUGUCGGAUUGAUACUGUGCUCUCUGGGAAUGUUUGUGAGAAUGCUCCCGGCGGUGGAGGCGGCGUGCCCGCGGCCGUGCCGCUGCGACGGGAAGAUGCUGUACUGCGAGGGGCUCAACCUGACGGACGUCCCGCGCAACCUGAGCGGGGCGCUGGGCCUGUCGCUGCGGGAGAACGGCCUGGCCGAGCUGCGGGACGGACAGUUCGCCGGCCUGUCGCAGCUCACCUGGCUCUACCUGGACCACAACGGCAUCGGCGCGGUGGAGGAGGGCGCCUUCGAGAGGCUGCGGCGCGUCAAGGAGCUGGACCUCAGCUACAACCGCGUGGAGAGCCUGCCCAACUCCACCUUCAGGCCGCUGCCCAACCUGCGCAUGCUGGACCUGUCGCACAACAGCCUGCAGGCGCUGGAGCCGGAGCUGUUCCACGGCCUCCGCAAGCUCACCAACCUGGACCUGCGCUACAACGCCCUCAAGUUCGUCCCCGUCCGCAUCUUCCAGGACUGCCGGAGCAUGCAGUUCCUGGACCUGGGCUACAACCGGCUGCAGAGCCUGGCGCGGAACUCCUUCGCCGGCCUGUUCAAGCUCACCGAGCUGCACCUGGAGCACAACGAACUGGUGAAAGUCAACCUGGCGCACUUCCCCCGCCUGCUGUCGCUGCGCACGCUCUACAUGCAGCGCAACCGGGCCGCCAUCGUGGUGAGCACGCUGGACUGGACGUGGCCCUUCCUGGAAAAGAUCGACUUCUCAGGCAACGAGAUCGAGUACAUCGAGCCUCACGUUUUCGAGAGUGUGCCUAACCUGAAAACCCUGCACCUGGACCUCAACCGGCUCACGCACGUCGACCAGCGGAUAGUGAACUCCUGGGCGUCCCUGACCAACGUCGCCCUCUCUGGCAACCCGUGGGACUGCAGCAGGAACAUCUGCGCCCUGGCCUCCUGGCUCGGCGGGUUCCAGGGCCAGCACGACCCCGCCCUGCUGUGCUCCAGCCCCGACACGGCGCAGGGCGAGGACGUCCUGGACGCCGUCUACGCCUUCGGGCUCUGCGAGGAGCCGGCGGUGGCUGCGUCGGCGGCGACCACCACGCCGGCGCCCCACGCCAUCACCAACAACGCCGCCCGCGGCUACAGCUACGAUGGCCCCACCAGGAACCCGUACGACCUGCAGGACGUGGAGGGCGGCGGGGUGGCCACCAGCUCGUUCGCCGUGACGGAGACCGGGGCGGACCUCGACGGCACCAUGCAGAUCCACAAGGUGGUGACGGGCACCAUGGCGCUGAUCUUCUCCUUCCUCAUCCUGGUGCUGAUGCUCUACGUCUCCUGGAAGUGUUUCCCGGCCGGCAUCAGGCAGCUGAGGCAGUGCCUGGGCCGGCAGAACCGCAAGCAGAAGCAGAAGCAGACCAUGCAGCAGAUGGCAGCCAUGUCCGCGCAGGAGUACUACGUCGACUACAAGCCCAACCACAUCGAGGGCGCGCUGGUCAUCAUCAACGAGUACGGCUCCUGCACCUGCCAGCAGCAGCCAUCUCGAGAGUGCGAGGUCUGAGCACCCAGCGCCGGAGGGUGGGGUGGAGCAGGAGAGUCAAACGCACAGAGAGACGGGCCCGCAGAAACACACACACGCACACACAUACUCUCACACACACACGCAGAAACACACACACACACACAUACACUCACACAAACGCAAACAUAUACACGCCCAAACGUACGUACACACACACACACUCACACACACACAGGCACGCAGAAACACACACACACACACGCAUACUCACACACACAGACAGACACGCACACACACGCAUGCACGCACGCAUGCACACACGCACACGCACACACACACAAACACACGUACACACACACACACGCAUGUACACACAAACAAACUCACACACACACACAACAACACACACACACACCCACACACGUACACACACACUCACACACAAACACACACACACACGCACACACACACACACAUUCUGCACUGCAUCGCUGCGCACAGAACCGACGGAGACAGUGAACGUGGGGUUACUGCUGAUUUCCGAGGCCACAGCCUUCCAGCACCUGUUGACUCUGCAAACAGGAAGAGGGGCUCGUGACGAGGGAGGGGGGGGGGGCGGUCACACAAAGCGAGGAGGAUGUUUUAGCUUUAAUGUGUCUUUCUAUUCCGGAUGUUCUAGUGUUCGAAAGGGGACAUCAAAAUCAACGUUUUUACUGUGGUGACAAAAAGCAGAGGAAUCGGUAAAGCAGAGAUGCAAAGAGUGAACAGAGAUGCAAGCUACCUUAUUUCUUUUGUAAACUAAAAUGUUUAAAUAAUAAAAAAAUAAUUGUUAUUUACAGUA